CACAGGCCAAUGAUCGCGCCCUUCUUGUUACGCUUGUUAUCUGUGGCCUCCUGGAUUGCACUUUUCACCUCCGUCAACGUCUUGAGCGACGUUGCGAUCGCUAAAAUGGCGAGAUAGCGUGUUGACAUUUGCGUCGAGGCGAGAGAGAUUUUUCGUCGGAACGGGUGUAGGGAGACUUCAACAGACUUGAAAUCCGUCAAACUUACGGUCGACGAUCCCACAGGAUCGCUGUCACGAGAAGCGAUGCACUCGGUCAGCGCCAGUCUGUCGAGCACUACAGACGUGAAUGACGUCUCGUUGGUUAAACAGGAUCAGAAUUGCCGAGCGAUCGACGUGGGCACUGGCGAAUCCUGCGGCGAAACCAAAAGUUUACGUAUCCUCGAUGAGUUUCGCAAGCUGUACGAGAGCCGCAUCGAAAAGAUCGACCGAGAAUCCAGCGGCGAGUCCGAUCGGGUCUCCAUGAAACUACAAGUAAUGAGCGAUUGGAUCAAGGAUGUGGGAGAGCAAAAUGCAAUGUUGGUGCAAACUGUAGAGGAUCUGGAACAGGCUGCAUGUAGUAGAGUCAAGUUGCUAGAAGAGAAAUUAAAACAGUCAUCACAGAUGGUUGUAAACAAUUUAACAAGAUCUGAUUAUUCGGAAAAGGCUUUAAAUACUCUUUCAAAUCGUGUCAGUCAAUUGGAAAAAGAUGAGGAGUAUCUACAACAAAAAAUAGAGUAUCUACAAAGUGAUAUCAGAGGAUUGUUAGAGGUGAUUCGUCGUGCGUCUCGGCAGAAUGUUUGGAGUCUCGAGGGUAUCACAUUCUUUGAGAUUCAUCCUGAAGAUAUUCCAGUUCCAGAUUGCAUCUGUGACCAGGAACAGACAGAUAUCGAUCAUAUAAAAUCCUUGAAUUUGCAAGUAGAACAACUUCAGGAAAAUGAAAGAAAAAUGAUCAGAUCUCAGUUGGAAACGGAAGGAAAAAUAGCUGAUCUAAUGACAGAAUUAUCACUAAAAGAUGAUACUAUAAAGAAAUAUGUUUCUAAACUUCAGUGCUUUUGCGAGAAGCUCAAAGAGCAUGUUAAACAAACAAAUCAAGUUAUUAGUCACCCAUUGGCAGUGACUUCCGAUCAAGAUUGUAAUAUUAUCUUAAUACCUGACAUUCUGGAAAGUGUACUAGAUGCAAAAGAUAGGGAGAACAAAAACUUACAUCGACAACUCCAGGAUGUUGAAUCCAAACUUAUGGUGUAUACUUAUGAAAAUAAUGUUGACACAAUUAAUUUACAACUGCAACUGGAGGAAAAAUGUAAAAAAAUACAACAAUUGGAAGACAAAGUAGCUCACCUCGAAAAAGAAGCUGCAGAAACAAAAGAUAUACUGACAGCGGAGAUUAUGGCAUUGGAAAAACAAAAUUAUCAUGCCAAUAUCGGAAAUCAUUUAAAGGAUGACUUGAUUAAGGAAAUGCGUAAAGGAUUGAAACAAACGACACUAGAGGAUACUUCUCAAAAAAUUCAUAUCAACACAAAUAAUUUCUCGGAGAAAUGUUUUCUACCUUCGGCAAAUAUCUCGCAUUAUAAAAAGGAUGAAUUUAUAUUAUUCCUGAAUAGUACAAAAAUGCAUGUGCAAAAAGAAUGUGAAAUUUUAUCGGAUUUAAAGUUUGAACUAGGGAAAUUUGUAGAUAAAUUGAGUACCAAAGAUGAGGUGGAUGAUUGUAUUGCAUCUAAUAAUUGCACAAAUCAAAACAGACUUUGUACAAGUAGCAUGUCAGAUAAAUUGUUCAAUUGCAUUGAAAUUAUUACUAAAAUGUAUUCAGAAAGAGAAAAGGAAAUUAUUGCUUUUGAUCGCAUGAUAAAAAAAGAAGAAAAUCAUUGUGUGUGCGGGAAUCCUAAGAAUAUUAAAUCAAACGUAAACAACGCACGGCAGUUCAAAUUGAUGGAAGAAUUUAGAGUAUGCACUGUGGAAGCUCAAGCAGCAACAGAAGAUAUUCGCGAAGAGAUAAGCACUGUUAUUUCGACAUUUAACUCACGACAUCAGAAUUAUGAAGAAUUAAGCAAAAUGGUUAUUAAUGUACAAAGCUACUUGACAAGAACGCGAGAAGGACUAAUAGAAGCAAUUAACAGGCUAGAAUUACAGGAAGAGGAGAGACUGAGGCACAGUGAAAGAAUCAUGAAUGGUAAUCUUAAAUUGAAGGAUAUAAAAAAUGAUAUUAAUCAUGCUCAAUUGGAAUUGUCUCGUUGUAUUAAUGGUAUGCAGAGAAAUAUACAGGGAUAUAAUGAGCCAGAUUAUACAGAAGCAUGCAUUAACAAUGAUUUACUAACUAUGGCAAUGGAGGAAGUUGAACAAAUAUUGAUUAAUUUGCAACUGUUUCAAACUCAGGGUGGUUGUAUGACGUCAAUCCUAAAAGGAUUAAGAAGUCAACUAUGUACCAUAGAUAGUUCUUUAAAGGAUUUACAGAAAAAAACUGGUGAAGUGUUGUUAAAUAAUGAAAUCGCGAAAACAACGUUCUGUGAGAGGGAAAGCAGAUUAGCUAAAUUCGAAGAAGAAGUCGAUUGUGCACAUACAAAAAUGCAAGAUGUAUUAGAAACAUUUCUUUCUAUAAAACAAGAAGAAAAGGAAGAGUCCUCUCAUUGUAUCUUUGAUAAUCAGGAAAUAAAUGAUAUUAUAAAAACAAAAGAAGAUUUACACAAAUUAAGAAAAGAAUACGAUGAUUUAAAACUUAAUAUGAUCCAGCAAACAUGUCAGAUAAAGUACGAUGAAAGAUUGAAUAAAUGGAAAAAUCGUAUAACUGAUUUGGAAGAUCAAAUUAGAAUGUUACAGCAUGAGGCCAUAUGUAAGCAAGAAGCAAAUAACUUUUUAAAAAAUAAUAUUCAAUCCAUGGAGAAGGAAUUGAGUGCUGUACGAACUAAGGCAGAUAAUUAUAGACAGUGUCACAAUAAAGAUAGCAUGGAACUGAAAAAGAAAAUAAUGGAACUAGAAAAUAUUAUUAAAACGCAAAAAGAAGUAGAAAAUGAUCUUAGGAAAAAUUUAAAUAAUGUAGCAAAUGUUAAAAGAUUUACAGAAAUCUCUAAUUCUUUCCAUACGGAAUGUAGCACAGAAGCAACACUUUUACGCUGCGAUUAUCCAUCUAAACAUGAGAAUAUAUCUCACUUGUUCAAAACUGUGCAAGAUGCCAUGCAAUUUGCAAAAGUGGCGGUUCAAGAUCUAGAAAAUGAACUUAAAAAAUUGAUACGAGAAGAAUCGUCCCUCACUUCCGUUUCGGCAAAAUCUGCUGUGACACUAACAGACUCGUUAGGGAAAUGUAGAGAAAAACUGGAUACUUGCUCUCAUGAAUUAAGCAAACUUAAAAAUGCUGUAUAUUCCAAAGAAAAACUUUUAGAAAAUAUGGAGGAAGUCGUACGAAUACAACGGAAUUCUUUAACAAUGAGUCAAGCGGAAGUAAAAGAUCUACAUCAAAAAUUACAAGAUAAGAUAGAUAAACAGAGCCUUACUAUCGCGCAAUAUGAAAGAGAGAAGAAUGAAUUAGUAAAGCAGAAUGAACUCCAAAUACAAACUAUUGGGCACUUACAAAAUGCCGUUGUUGAAGCUAAACGAAAUUUGGAUCAGAUGGGCCACAAAGCGAUAAGUGAUCUUUGCAAGAAGGAUGAAAUUAUACGUGAAUUAAUGAUGCGCAUCGAUGAGACGCAAGAUCAAUAUAAUGAAUGUUUCACAGAGGCAACUAAUCAAGAUCUAUUAUUGGAUCUGCAACGAGAUGCUAUCGACAGUUUGCAUAAAAGAAUUCGUUGUCUGGAAUACGACAAAUAUUUAAUUGCUAAUACAUUACAUAUGAUAUAUUAUUCAAUUUUAAGCGCUAUACAGGAGCAAGUACACGAUCACGUAAAGAAUUUCCAAGAAUUAAAAUGGAAGAUGGAUAGCUUUGUGCAGGCAAAGAAUUACUCCGAAAGUAAAUGCACAAACAAAUCAUGCGCGCUGUAUUUUGAGGAUAAAAACUGCGAUAGCCAAAAUUUAGAAUAUUCCUCAAAUAACAUCGCAACAAUGUCACACAUAGAAGGAUUUUCAGAAUUGCAAAAGAUAAAAGAUGCAGAAUACGCUCUAAGAUGUGAAAAUCAACAACUUAAAAUCAGUCUACAGCAUCAUAUAUCUGAGACUAAUAAUCUGAUGAAGAAAUUAGAACACGUUAAGCAGAAGGAAACUGAAUAUGAGGAACUUCUACUGAAAGUAGAAGAUGGAAAGAAGGAGAUUAAUGCCUUAAAUGACCAAAUUAUCAAUAGCGAAGAAAUUAUUAAACAUCAGUCUCACGAACUUGAAACACUUCGAGAAAGAUUACUCGCAAAGGAUCAACAAACGGAGAAUUUAUCUGAAUUGAACGUGUCCGAGCGCGAGAUGCUGGCUGUUUUGUGUGAUCGAGUAUAUUCUUUGAAAAUUCUACUGCAAGAAAAAUCGGACAGUAUGGUUAAAUUACAAGCAGAUUAUGAAUUACUUAAGAAUGAAAAUUCUAUAUUAAAGAGUCAAAAUGAUAUUAUUGAAGCUCGAACUAAAGAAGAUGUCUUACAAUUGAAGGAAAAGCUUAAAGAAACACGCACUAAAUUGCGUCAGACAGAAGACAAUUAUCAUCAAAUGACUGAAGACUUUGAUAAAGUUCAAAAACAAUUAAUGUCUACAAUUAAGCGAGAAAGUGACUCACAGAAUUCGUUACUAAUCAUGGAAAAAGAUUAUCGUUCUAACAUUCUAAAAGCAGAAAAUGAAGCGAUCCAUCUACGUGAUUUAGUAAACAAACUAAGCGAGGAAUUGGAAGAGACCAAAAAAUCACUUACAUUAAAAGAUAUUGAGCUUUGUCAAGCGAAAGACAAAUGCAAGGACUACGCAAAUCAUUUGGAUAUCAUACACCAAGAUCUUGAAAAAGAAAAAGAAGAAUUAACGAAGGCCGAAAAUGUAAACCGUGACUUGAUUCAACAAUUGCAAGAAUAUAUGAAUGAAAAUGAUCACCUUGGCCAGCAAAAAAUUUCACUUGAACAAAAUAAUACUACCUACAUAACUGAAUUACAAGACAUGCGAAAAUCUUUGCUCGAGUUGAAGAAGGAAUGCCAUUUGAAAGACCAAUCUCUAACGUACAUGUCGGCCGACUUGAUUCAAACAGCUGUAAGUAGAUCAGAACUUUGUAAAGAAUCUCAAUAUGUAGUUUCAUGCAUUCGCAACUGUAUGGAACAACAGAAAAAAUACAGUGAAACCUUAGCGGAAAAUUUGGAAAACAAACAACAGCUUCUAACGCAGCUUGUAUUUGAGAAAAAAGCUCUAUUAAUUAAAAUCAAGAAGUUGAAACGAAUUAAUUUAUUAGCACAGAAACUAAAAAGAACGCACAGACAAUUAAUUAGUAGGGGUUUUAGAAAAGCAUACUUAAAUGGUUAUACAUCAUCAUCAUUCACAGCGCAUCAGACUUCAGAUACAAGUUUAAUUUCGAGUUUGAAUUAUAGAGAUAUGCGCAAGAAGCAUUUAAUAAAGUCAAACAAAAGUGGUCGAUAUAUGACAACAUGUGGCGAUUCGUGGUGGUUUCCCAAAAUGGAAUACUUAAUAAAUGAGAUUCGAAAAAGUAAUCAAUGGUGGGAUGAAAAUUUCACCAAUGAAACGGAAUCCGAUAUUUCAUUGGAAGAGAGUCGUGAUUACGGUUAUCAAUCUUCUUCCACAAGCAAAAUAAAAAGAGCCAAGGAAUUCAUCUUGAUAAAGACUGAAGAAAUGACGCUAAACAAAAAUUUGAAUAUUGAACGUAGA